AUGUCGGCAGGAGCCUGUAUAAAUACAAUUUCAAGGAGAUCGUUCUUCGCAAAAUUUUUUAAAAAUACAUUAGAGAAAGCUCGCCAACGAAAUGUAGAACAAUUCGGAAAAUACAGCAUUGUUGAACCAGGGAUUGUAUCUCCAAUUCUAAAAGUUCCACCGUACAUUCCGAAACCAGAGUACUCUGAAACUGGUGAGCCCGCCGAACCACCCAAGGAGCCAGAAAUCAAAGACAAAAAUCAAAUAGAAUGCAUGAUACACAGCUGUCUUCUUGCUAAAAAAGUGUUGAAGACGAUACGACCUGAUGUCAAGGCCAAUGUAACUACUGACUAUUUAGACAAGAAAAUUCAUGAGUUGAUAGUAAACAAUGGUGCCUACCCAAGUCCCUUAAAUUAUAAAGGAUUUCCAAAAUCGAUUUGCACAAGUAUUAACAAUGUGGCUUGUCACGGCAUACCAGAUGAUCGAGCUCUGGUGGAUGGGGAUAUUUUGAACAUCGAUGUCACGGUGUAUCAUAAUGGCUUUCACGGAGAUUGUUCUGAAAUGUUUGAAGUUGGAGAAGUUGAUGAUGAAGGAAAGAGAUUGAUUCAAGUAGCAGAAGAGUGUCUUAUGACAGCAAUUGGAAUUUGUAAACCCAAUGAAAAAUUUUGUAGCAUAGGUAAUAUCAUUGAAGAAACUGCUUACAAACAUAAUUACAAUGUACUGCCAGCUUUUGGAGGUCAUGGUAUUGGUGCAUAUUUCCAUGGCCCUCCUGACAUCUACCAUUUUGAAAACGAAUUUGAAGGAGUAAUGAAACCAGGAAUGACCUUUACAAUAGAACCCAUAUUGACCCAAGGUGGGCAUGACGUUUGUAUUCUAGAUGAUGGUUGGACUGCUGUGACUGUGGAUAGCGCACGAACAGCGCAAAUAGAACAUACAAUAUUAAUAACUGAUCAUGGCGCUGAUAUAUUAACAAGGCCGAAUUAA